AUGUCGCCAAAAUGCCCAGUGCCGCCGCUCCAAGAAAUAACCUUAUCGCUGGUAGCCCGACAACUGAUUCACGCCCUGUCGCGAGUGACUUCCGAGGAAGACUCAGCACUGCCAUUCGCCAUGGUCUCGUCCUACUAUGAAAGCAUGGGAGCGACCAAUGACAUAUUCCAAGAUCUCCUCAACUUGAUUCUCACUUCGGAGUACCUGGACCCGUCAAUCAGAUUUUACUCCAUGCGUUUGCUGCUCAAAGAAAACGUCAAAAGUCUCGCCACUGGAAUCUUCCCGUGCCCCUAUUACAGGAAAAUCCUUGAACUACUUAUCGAGCAAGGACACCACCUGACAGCUCUCAAUUUGAAAGGUGUGUGGGUUAAAGAGGAACAUCUGACGCUCAUGUAUCACUUACUGAAAAAUCUCACCAAUUUAACAGUGCUGAAUAUACCUUACAUCGCUAAUGAUGAAGUUCUGAAAUAUAUCGGAGAACACAACAAAGUCCUUAAAUUACUAGACGUGUCGGGGGAAACAGAUAUCACAGAAAUAGGUAUAGAUGCAAUGUUGACUGGUAACCCGCAGUUGACUAGGAGUUUGACUGUUGUCAACAUCGGUAUGUACGGCGAAGAGAACAUUGAUCACACAGAUGUUGCUUUAUUAAUACGACGGUUGCCCAACCUGACCAACCUUGGCAGUUACUCGUUCGUAGGCAAGUCAAUUUAUCACAUUUACAAUAACGACUGCCCUCCUAAUUUCCAAACGAAGUUGCAAUACCUCCACGACGUACAGACAAACAUGAGAACUAUGAAAGCGAUUGUAGCGCUGUGUCCAUUGCUAGAAACUAUUUACUUAGAAGAGCCUGACCAAGGAGUUUUGCAGCAAGUGAAAGAAUUAAAUGAAAUAAACAAAAUAAAACUCAAUAAAUUCCAGUGCCACGAACUCCAUCAGCUGUUGGAUAAGAUGGGGCAUAAAAUAAUUACGUUGAUGUUGUCGGGGUCAUCAGGGUCGUUCAACUUCACCAGGAUAGCGGAGACUUGUAGAAAUCUUGAGAGUUUAGAGUUCUUCCAAAUACAUACUGCAACUCACGAGGAAGAGAUACCAUUCAACAAGUUGGAGCACAUUGAGAUUAUACACGGGAAUCUGUCGUCAUCGUGCCUGAAGUACCUAAUGACAGGCAGCCCCAAGCUAAAAAAACUGAUCAUUGGCGAUGAAAUUAAACUGGAUGACAAUGACAUGUCGCGGAUGCUCCGCCGCUACAAAUUCCAGCAUCUCGAAGGCAUUUGGUUCCCGAACGCGCCGCGUCUCACACGAGACACGGUGGAACUGCUCAUGGAGACAUGCCCCAGUCUCCAGAGUCUAGGGCAGCUCAGUGGCUGGCAAUUUACUCCUGAUGACAUGAUGCUCAUGAGAGCUAUCAUUGCGAGCACCAACACAGACCUAGUCCUGUCUCCGUUGGGUAUCUUCCAGCAGGGAAAUUAG